AUGGCGGCUCCAGAGCAAAAAGUGGAGAUCUACGGUUUACUGAACGAUGUUACAUAUCAGAGAGCUCGAUACUGUCUUGAGGAUCUUGUCAGCAAAUAUGGUUGUGAUAUAUUUGUUGACCCUGUCAUAAAUGGCAUGCUGGAGUUUGAAUGGGAUCUGUUCAUUGAUGCAAAGAGAAAGGAAUUGCGAGGAGAAACAUGGACAUUUGAGGAUAAAGCCAUUUGCUUUGUGAAUGGAGAGCUGUUAGGAGGUCCAGAAAAAUUCAUUGACUGGGCAGAGGAAAAUUUUGGGUUUGAAGAAUUUCGACCAUUGCCUUUGUACUCAACACUUACAGAGGAGUCUUAUAAAAAUCAUCUAAACUCUAACAAUCAUGAAUAUGUUUUCAUGGACAUAUCAAUAGGAGAGAAGGCGGUGGGUCGUCUGGUGAUAGAGUUGUUUACAGACAUAGUUCCUAGAACAUGCGAAAACUUCAAAGCACUUUGUACGGGAGAAAAAGGAGUAUCCCCUGAUAGCGACUACAAACUACACUAUCAAAACUCACUGUUUCACAGAAUAGUCCGCAAUGGCUGGAUACAGGGUGGAGAUAUAUACCACAGUCGAGGUAACGGUGGGGAAUCUAUCUAUGGACCAGUGUUUGAAGAUGAGAAUUUCGCAGUGUCACAUUCCAAGAGAGGUAUGCUUGGGAUGGCCAGCAGAGGGCGCCACACCAAUGGAUCACAAUUCUACAUAACAUUGCAACCAACAAAGUGGAUGGACACCAAAUAUGUAGCAUUUGGACAAAUCAUCGAGGGGACAGAAACAUUAAGGGAGAUGGAGGGACAGGAAACAAUGAAUGAGCGACCAAACACAGACAUUAAGGUGACCAACUGUGGUUUGUGUACUUACGAAUUCUAGGCAGCAUUACAACUGGGCAAGGUGAAAAAGACAUCUGAAAAAAAGAA